UCUCUCUCUCCCCUCGUUCACUCCCUCAACCUGCACUCAGACAGUUGUGCAUAAACUUUCCCAUCACUGCGCUGGUCCACAGCCUCCUCUAUAACAGGCUGGAGCGCAGCCUCAGGCAGCAGAAGAGAAGAGAGACUGCCUUGCUCAGAUCACCUGGAGAACACACACACACACACACACACCUCACAUCACAACUCAUCACAUAGCCUCUGGAUUCCUUCUGGCUCCGUUCUGGUUGAACUUUCAAUGAGUUCAGUGGAGAUAAGAAGAGAGAAGACGAGGAGUUUUUCUCGACACACGUCCGGAGUGUUGGUUUGGUGAAACCGAAAAGAAGACGUCAACAUCUGGGGAGGGGUGGGGGGGGUCACUGCUCGAUUGGCGCUCGGUUUUAUUUCACAGCAGCCUGGACACUUUGACUGAACUUUGCCAGUCUUUAAGUACUGAGAAGACAGAAGCAAGAGGCCAGACUGAGAAAGAGACAUCGUUCUUGGGAGAGUUACAAGGAUGUUGUGUUCAAGGAGGAUUCUGCAGCAGUGGUGUUUGGCUGUGUUUUUAUUGUGUUCUCCUGUGCCACACUACGGCAGGCCCAUCGACGCCCUCAGCAACAGAAUGAAGCGGUCAGUGACGCAUGCCCAGCUGAUGCACGACAAGGGUCGAACUCUGCAGGAAUUCAAGCGGCGCAUGUGGCUGCACGAGUUGCUGCAUGAGGUGCAUACAGCCGAGCUCCGUGAAGUGCAGCAGCGCGGCGGAGUCAGUGGCGGAGGCGGGGCUGUCAGUGUCGGCGUUCCCAUGGGCGUAGGCGUGGGCGUGAGUCUGAGCCCAGGCACGGCUAACCCUAAGCCCGCUGGCGGCACCAAGAACCUCCCAAUCGGCUUCAGCCCAGAAGACGAAGAGGGCACUAACCUCCCACAAGAGACCAACAAGUCGCAGAUCUACAAAGACGGAGCGCCCAAGGCCGGGAUGAAGAAGAAGAAGAAAGGAAAAGCAGGAAAGCGGAGGGAUGGCGAGAAGAGGAAACGGCGAACCCGUUCGCUGAACAGACCCAUGGCUAUCGAACCAGACAACGGCUUCCACCUGGAGCGGCGAAUACACACGGCCCAGCAAGCAGCAGCAGCGCACUAGAACACUGUCAGUCUCUGACAACGAUUCCAAAGGACAUAAUAGGACAUUUCUACAUGGACACCAAAACGCUCGUGUCGCGGUAUUCACUGUAACGGUGAUAGUCGGAAGAGUUGCUAGCAAAAAAAAUAUAUAUAUUUAUUGUAUGUAAAUAUUCUCGAUUUAGUGAUAAACGAAUAAUAAAGAUAAGGAUGAAACAUUAUCCCGUUGCUCUGUCGGGCUAUAGAUUUUGAUCUUUGUGAAUACUUUGCUUUAUUCUUUUUUUUUUUUUUUUUUCUUGUUUAUAUAUAUAUAUAUAUAUACCUAUACCUAUAAUUAUCGAUGUCAGAUUUGCAGUAAUUUAUUUUGUUUGAAUGAUGUAUUUAUUUUGUAAAGGUAUCAAGGUGCUGCUGACCUUUUUAUAUUUUUGUACCAUAAUGCACUUUAGAUAUAUAAACAUAAAUCUAUCUACAAGUAAUGCCAUUAAUUGACUUAUUUUGUGGUUAUAUGAAUGAAGAAAACAACAACCUUCCUCUUUUUUUUUUUCUUCUUUUUUUCUUUUUUUUUUUUUUUUAAGCCGUAUCUCUGUCUAGUUGUUUGUCUUCUCGCUUUGGCGUUCAUUUGUUUUUGUUUUUCUUCGCUGCUGACCUGGACGUCGCACGUGUCGUCCGCAUAUUCAGUCCUAAGAACACUAAUGUACUAUAUGAUUUAUUUUCAUUUACACCAGUACACGUUGUACAUAAACAGCACACACGCUCUUCACUGAACUCAUGUUCCUUGGCACUUGCACUGACUAAACAAUCCUGUAUUGAACGGAUUAAACAUCUGACAGUCA